CCUAGUUUUCGUAUUAGGUCUUAGAAAGCCCAUCGAACCUCUGCUCCCUCCCUAAACUAGUUCGAGAGCGAGAGAGGGAGGGUGUUGCAAGCCAUUUAUUUCUGAAACUGAUGAUAAUAAGGAGAGAGUGAGAGUGAGAGAAGUUGCAGAGCCAUUUUUGAAGCUGAUAACAAAGGCAUGGAGUCUGCAGAGGUCAAUGGAGGAGGGGAAGACGCGACGUUAGUUGGGGAGAAGAAGAAGAAGCACAAGGGGAAACACGAUAAACCAAAACCAUGGGAUGAUCCAAGCAUUGAUCACUGGAAAAUCGACAAGUUUGAUCCUUCAUGGAACGGGGGAGGAAUGCUUGAAGUUAGCUCCUUCUCCACCUUGUUCCCUCAAUAUAGAGAGAAGUACCUACAAGAGACUUGGCCCAUUGUGAAACGUGCAUUGAAAGAGUCUGGUGUUGCAUGUGAGCUUAAUCUAGUUGAGGGGUCCAUGACCGUUUCCACAACUCUUAAGACUAGGGAUCCUUACGUUGUUGUGAAAGCUCGGGAUUUGAUAAAGCUUCUAUCUAGAAGUGUCCCUGCGCCUCAGGCAAUUAAGAUACUGGAUGAUGAGAUGCAGUGUGACAUCAUAAAGAUUGGUAGCCUCAUCAGGAAUAAGGAGCGAUUUGUUAAGCGAAGGCAGCGUCUAUUAGGUCCCAAUAACUCAACUCUGAAGGCUAUGGAGCUUUUGACGGGUUGUUAUGUUCUGGUUCAGGGAAACACUGUUGCAGCCAUGGGUUCAUUUAAGGGUCUUAAGCAAGUUCGGAAGAUUGUGGAGGAUUGCAUCCACAAUAUACAUCCCAUAUACCACAUCAAGACGCUCAUGAUUAAACGAGAACUUGCAAAAAACCCUGAGCUUGCAAAUGAGAAUUGGGACAGAUUCCUCCCCAAGUUUAAGAAGAAGAAUGUCAAGCAAAAAAAAGUGAAAGUUAAAGAGAAGAAACCAUAUACUCCUUUUCCUCCUCCUCAACAGCCUAGCAAGGUGGAUCUCCAAUUGGAAAGUGGUGAAUAUUUCUUGAGUGAGAAGAAGAAGUUUGCUAAGAAGUGGCAAGAGAAGCAGGAGAAGCAAGCAGAGAAAACAGCAGAAAACAAGAGAAAACGAGAGGCUGCGUUUGUUCCUCCUCAGGAACUUAUUAACGCAACAAGCUCUGUGGAUCAAACCAAAUCCGCUGGACAAGAUAUGGAUGACGUGUCUGCCAUGGCAAAGUCCUUGAAGGUAUUGAACAUGGUUGUGGUUUUGUUUUUCUGUGUUUGUAUCAAAAUUCAUAAAUAGCCUUAUUCCCUUUGC